AUGACGACCCAUGAACCCACCACGAGGGAAUGGAUCCGGAUGCUGAUUGAACCUGGUCAGCUGCUGGCUUGGGCCAUGACCUAUUACACCAAAGUCUGCUUCGAAGCAGUCUUCCACCGGGGCGAAGUCCUCGCCCCCCUCCUGCAAACAAGCAAGCUCCGCGACGAAGCCUUUGGCCGCUUCUGGGUUGAUUUCAGCUCCGCGCGCCCAAGCGCCCAACAACAAAACCAAGAUCAGGACCAAGAUCAAGACCAAGCACCACUCCAACCGCCUCAGAUCCAAAACUCAACGGAUCUCAUCCCUCCCAUUUUAGCCAAAGCGUCGGGUGUCGUGCUAGACGUCGGCCCGGGGACAGGGACGCAGAUGCCGCUCUUGCGCGCACCCGCCAUCAAGGCGAUUUACGGCGCGGAGCCCUGCCGCGGUCUGCAUGCAGAGCUGCGCGCGCGCGCGGAAGAGGAGGGGCUGGGGCAGAAGUACCAUAUUUUGCCCUGUGGUGCUGCGGCGGGGGAGCUUGUGCCGGAGUUGCAGAGGGAGGGGUUGCUUCCUGCUGGGGCCGGUGACGAGGAUGUGGACCAGGUUCUAGCGAGCGCGGGCGGAGUCUUUGAUACGAUUGUCUGUGUACGGGUUUUGUGCUCUGUGCCGGAGUUGGAGAGGACGGCGCGAGAGUUGUAUGCGCUGCUGCGGCCUGGGGGGAAGUUGCUUGUUGUGGAGCAUGUGGUUAAUCCCUGGCGGACGGCGAAGGGGUCGCUUGUGGCGAGGGUGAUGCAGGCUGUGUAUGGCUUCUUUGGGUGGAGUUGGUUUAUUGGGAAUUGCUGCUUGGAUCGGGAUACGGAGACGGCGUUGAGGGCGGCGGCCGACAGGGAUGGGGGGUGGGAGGUUGUGGAGUUGGAGAGGUGGUUUGGACGGUCUCCGAUACCGUAUAUUUCCGGUGUGUUGGUGAAGAAGAGUACGUAG